AGUUCUACAGUUGCCAUGAGGAAGUUGGGCUGUUGCCAUGCGGAAGUAGGCCGAGCUGCAGUACGGAAGCGGCAGCGGUCCAGCCAUGGCCUCUGUCCCCUGUGUGCUCCUCACCAGCUGCGCUGCUUCAUUUCAUGAGGAAGACCUAGUGACACAGAUAAUUGGGGCAGAACAGCUUCCUGCACCUGAACAAGAAGCUGAGGAAGUGAGACAGUACCCAUGGAGGAUAGACAACAAGUAUUACUCAGCCAAUGUGAAUAUUUGCAUUGUACCCAGCACAACACAGGUGUCCACUCAGGUGGCAGAGUCCGUCCAGGCCUUUGUUGUAUACUUUGACAGCACAACAAAAUCUGGUCUAGAGAAAGUGUCGCCCUGGCUUCCACUGCUUGAAGACUGGCUACUGGAUGUCAUGAUCUUGGUGUGUGAUCGUGCAUGUGAUGCAGGUGUGAGCCGACAGACUGCCCAGGAGUGGUGUAUACAGCAUGGGUUUGAGUUGGUGGAGUUAAAUCCUGAGGAGCUGCCAGAUGAAGACGAUGAUUUCCCAGAAUCCACUGGUGUCACUCGGAUAAUACAAGCUCUGAAUGCCAACGUAUGGUCCAAUGUGGAGAUGAAGAGCGAACAAUCCUACGGGAUCUUCAGCUCAUUGACAGCCAUGAACCUCAGUCCUGAGACUAAUGGGGAACCACAGGAUAAUGUCUCUGUGUCCAGUGGAGAUGCCACAGUGCCUUCCACCGAGCAGGAGCGUGCUGGUGAUUCUAGUAGUCAUAGUGAUCCUCAGACUGAUUCUUUAGUAGACCCCAUGUUGGAUCUUGAUAUUCGAGAACUCGCCAGCCUUACUUCCGGAGAAGGGGACCUGGAGAAUUUCGGACGACUUUUCAGUAAACUUCAGGAAAUGAAAGGUAAAGCUGCCUCUAUGCCACACGAACAAAGGAAACUGCAUGCAGAAAAGGUUGCCAAAGCAUUCUGGAUGGCUAUUGGAGGAGACCGUGAUGAAAUUGAAGGCAUUUCUUCUGAUGAAGAUAACUAAGAACAAAUGUGUAGACUGCCGAUAUACUUGGCUUUUAUUCUGCUUAGUGGGUUUGCCACACUUUUUGUACAGCUCCUUUAGAACAAGGAACCUAAUAUCUUAUCUCUCUAGUACAUAUUGUCAUCUGUGAUCCCAAUUGUGUAUUUAUUAGAAAGAAAUCUAAAUAAACUAUUUUGUAUUCAUUCCAACAUUAA